GUGCUUGGGGCGCCGCCGUCAUAAUCAAAGCAACAGCAACAGAAAUUUUCGGUAAACCGUGGCGUAGUCUCUCAGUUAGUUUUUUACUUUUGAAUAGAGAGGUUGGUUGGUGGAUGAAGGAAUUAAGUACCAAAAGCAAUACAACGGCAGUGACAGUGAACGGCGCCACUGUGUGGUGUUUUAUAUGUGUGUAUAUUUGAGAGUGUGCGUUUGUUGAAACAAACUUACCCGCUGCUGCUGCUGCUUCUUCUUUUGAGAUACUACAAGUAAACAUAUACACAUACAUACAUACUCGUGACUCUCGGUCGUUGUGUCGGUUCGUCUCAUCGCCGUUGUCGCCAUCGUUGUUGUCAUCGUCACCAGGCGGACUCGACAGUCUAGUCAGAUGGUGAGCGACCGAGCGACAGAGAGCGAAUGUGCGUUGGCUCUCAAUGUGUGUGUAGGUGUGUGAGUGAGCCAGUGUGCGUGUACUGUUAGUGUAUGCUAUGCACCUUAAUACAUCUACUCUCUGAGUGUGGGCCAUCAGUGCGCGAGUGAGAGAGCGCGGUGGUGAUAAAUUUUUUUUGUUGGCACAAAGUAAAAAUAUAACAGAAUAAAAAAAAUCGUUCAAAAUGACUGAGCCGUGGCGCAGUAAAAGUUAAAGAAGAAUGUAACAAACGCUCAAGAACUGAAUUGGAGCAAUCCACCUCCCCCAAAACACUAAAUCAAAAACUAAGGGGAAAUUUUGGAUUUCAAUGCAAUUUCAUUUUGCUAAUUAUGUAGCCUACUCUCUGUUGCAGCGGCGAAGGCUUUCUAUACCCUCUACCCAAAGGGUAAAAAGAGUAUAUUAGAUCGUUGUCUUCAAUCCCAAUGUCAGCUAUUGUAACUCGGAACAUGUAUUUAAAAAGUGGCCUAGGGAAACGAAGAAAAAGAGCCAUUUGCCCGAGACUAUACUAUUGCUAGCGGUCGAACGAACGACGGGAUAGAAAGCGUAUAUAUAUAUAUAAUUAUAUAUAUGUAUGUGCCUCAUCAAGAGUGUGGGACAGAUAAAACAAUAAACAAAUUAUUAUAAGAAAUUAAUUUCAACAGAGAAGACUAGAUAGCGUCUUGAACUUAAGUCUUCUUGUUAAAUAAAAUAAAAACCCUCUUAGCCUGCUACUCUAAAACAUUGGCGAGAAGUCUGGAAGACAAGGCUUUAUUGGCAACAUAAAGUGAAUUGAAGGAAGACGACUUGCCAGAAGAUUUUCAAGAAUUAACUCGCCGUCUAGGCCGCCAUGACAAUUAUACUCUUUCUGGUGGACACGUCAUCGUCCAUGUGCCAGAAGGCGUAUGUGAAUGGAGUGCAAAAAACCUAUUUAGAUAUUGCUAAAGGUGCUGUGGAGACGUUCCUUAAAUAUAGACAGCGUACACAGGACUGUUUAGGGGAUCGUUAUAUGCUGUUAACGUUUGAGGAGCCGCCAGCAAAUGUGAAGGCUGGUUGGAAGGAGAAUCAUGCUACGUUCAUGAAUGAGCUUAAGAAUCUGCAGAGUCAUGGUCUAACCUCAAUGGGCGAAUCACUGCGCAAUGCUUUCGAUCUAUUAAAUUUGAAUCGUAUGCAAUCGGGGAUUGAUACAUACGGACAGGGACGUUGUCCAUUCUAUUUGGAACCGUCGGUUAUUAUUGUAAUUACGGAUGGCGGUCGCUACUCGUACCGAAAUGGCGUCCAUCAGGAGAUCAUACUGCCGCUCAGUAAUCAAAUACCGGGCACCAAGUUCACCAAAGAGCCCUUCCGAUGGGAUCAGCGUCUGUUCUCGCUGGUGCUGCGCAUGCCGGGCAAUAAAAUUGAUGAACGCGUCGAGGGUAAGGUGCCCCACGAUGAUUCGCCCAUAGAGCGUAUGUGUGAGGUGACGGGCGGACGUUCAUACCGUGUCCGAUCCCACUACGUGCUAAACCAAUGCAUCGAGAGUUUGGUACAAAAGGUCCAGCCGGGUGUGGUGCUGCAGUUCGAGCCGUUGCUGCCAAAGGAUGGCGUAGCAACAGGGAGUGGCGGCAGUAGCUCCAGCAGCGAUGCCGUGCCCGACAUUGUCUUCCAACCGAUCAAGAAGAUGAUUUAUGUGCAAAAGCAUAUAACGCAGAAGACCUUUCCCAUUGGGUAUUGGCCGUUGCCAGAACCCUAUUGGCCGGACUCGAAGGCCAUCACAUUACCGCCCCGCGAUGCACAUCCUAAGCUCAAAAUCCUCACGCCGGCCGUCGAUGAACCGCAAUUGGUGCGUAGCUUCCCUGUCGAUAAAUACGAGAUAGAAGCAUGUCCCCUAACACUGCAAAUUCUCAACAAACGCGAGAUGAACAAAUGCUGGCAGGUCAUCGUUACGAAUGGCAUGCACGGGUUCGAACUGCCCUUUGGGUACCUGAAGGCAGCUCCCAAUUUCACGCAAGUCCAUCUGUAUGUGCUCGCCUAUAAUUAUCCAGCACUGCUGCCGCUGCUUCACGACCUCAUACACAAAUAUAAUAUGAGUCCGCCAAACGAUUUGAUGUACAAAUUCAACGCGUAUGUCCGCUCCAUCCCACCCUAUUAUUGUCCAUUCUUGCGGAAAGCGCUGGUCAACAUUAAUGUGCCGUACCAAUUGCUGCAAUUCCUGUUACCCGAGAAUGUCGAUAACUAUUUGUCGCCCACCAUUGCCAAUCAGUUGAAGCACAUUAAGAAUACGGCCAAGCAGGAUCAGGAGAACCUCUGCAUGAAGGUCUACAAGCAAUUGAAGCAACCGAAGCCGCCCUAUCGGCAAGUGGAGACGGCCAAGCUAUGUCCGGGCUCCUCGCUGCGUCGCGAUCUGGUGCGGCAUCCGUUGCUGCGUGACACAUUUGCCAAACUGCAUUCAGAGAUUGAACCGUUGGAGAAUUAUACGAUUGUGGUGCCACAGCUGACACAUCAAUCAUCAGCGAAAACGUAUCGCAAUCCCUUCGAUAUACCGCGACGCGAUCUUGUGGAGGAAAUUGCACGCAUGCGUGAUACAUUUUUGCGACCAGCCACAGCGGUGGCCAAAGAUUCGGGCCAUUGUCUGCCCAUUGCCGAAAUGGGCAACUAUCAGGAGUAUUUGAAGAACAAGGACAAUCCGUUGCGCGAAAUCGAACCCACAAAUGUUCGACAACAUAUGUUUGGCAAUCCGUACAAGAAGGAUAAGCAUAUGGUGAUGGUGGAUGAGGCUGAUCUGAGUGAUGUCGCGCCCAUGAAGUCGCCGAACGGCAGUGGCGGUUCUUCGGGCGCAGCAGGACCCGGUGGUGGUGGAGGUGGAGGAGGAGGUGGCGGCGGUGGUGGUGUCAUGUCAGGUCUGGGUGCCGGACCGAGCGGCAUGUCCGGCCUAAUGCUGGGCUCCCCGGGCGGCAGCAGCGGCGGCGGCGGUCUCGGCCUCAAGAAAUUGGAUGGCGCCUCACGGGGGCGCAAACGUAAAGCGGGACCAUUACCACGUGCCUUUGAAUUCCGACGCCUGUCCACAGACUCCGCACGUUCCUCGAGCGCGCUAAGCACAAGCAGCGCCGAAGGCGCCGACACGUCCAGCCCCGCAACCUACGAUGAGGACAGCAACAGCUCCUAUGCCUCAUCCGUUUGUUCGGACGCAUCCAGCGAUUCGGGCAUGUCGAUGCACACAACCAACCGAAUGGCCGGCAUCAGCUUUGACUUCAACGAGGAGGAGUCUAGCGAGCAGGAAACCGCACUCAACGGCUAUGUUCACAACUUCAUCAAUGGCAUCAGUGAGGAUAGUGUCAUCGCUGAUGCUGAUGCGUCAACAGCGAAUGGCGCCACAACAGUAACAACAGCAGUUGCUGGCACGCCGGCGGCGGCAGCAACAGCAGCACUAACAGGCAGCGGCAGCGCAAAUCUUCUAACGCCCAACAACCUAAUGACGUCAGUUAGUACAAAUGCAAGCAAUGGCAGCAGCUCAGAGAACUGCGCCCUCGCGGCCAAUGCAGCAACAACAACGUUAGGCGUCAGCGGCAACAUUAACCACAAUAGCAGCAGCAGCAGCAGUAGCACCAGUGGUGUGUUUUAUUUACCACUCAAUGGACUGACCACACAUCAUGCUGCAUACAGCAGCAGCAACAUAAACACGGAUGGCAUUACCAAAACGGGCCACCUGAGUCUGGCCAAUGGAUAUAGCCAUCAUGCGCAUCUGCAACAUCUGCAGCAUGCAACCAACAGCUUAUUAUCCCCACCUGCUACAACAGCCAUACAAAGCACAACGUCUGCAGCCUCAGUCGCGACAAAUUCGUCACUAGCUGCUGGCAGCAAUGCCGCAACAAGUAGCAGCAGCAGUAGCAGCAGCAGCAACAUUGGCAGUAGCAGCAGCAUCUCCAAUUCUACAACUUAUUACAGCCACAAUGACAUUAAUGAUGCUUCGGAGAUUUCACGCAUACUACAGACCUGUCACAAUGGCAACGGAUCUUCGGGCAACUCCUCACUGAAUGGUGAUAGUGUUGGGGCUAGUUCAAGUCUGGCCGGCGAUAGCGAAUUGUUGGGCAGCAGCAAUAGUUUUGAUAGCCUCAAACGGGAGAUGGGCAAAACGGCGGCGAUAACAACGCCGCAUUUCUAUUGGGCGAGUGCCAUGCAGCACAAUAACAACAACAACAACAUUAGCGGCAGCAAUAAUCAUCACAAUAACAAUAGCCACCAAACCACAACAAGCAUGAACAACGCCACCAACAACAACAGCAAUAACUGCCUUAAAGCCCUCGAUGCCAAAACAGCGCCCACUUACAGCAACAACAGCAGCAGCAUCAACAGUAGCAGCAUGAGCAGCGGCAGUAGCAGUUUCAGCAGCGGCAGUAGCAGCAUCAGCAGCAGUAGCAACAACAACAACAAUAAUAAUAACAACAACAGCAGCAGCAACACCAACAACAAUGGCGAUUCUGCGACACUCAUCCACAACACACUUACCGAAGAACAACGCGAAUUGGCGCGCAAACACAACAUUAAUUUGCGUUUACAAAUCUUUCGUGAUAUACGCCGACCUGGGCGGGACUAUAGCCAAUUGCUGGACCACCUGAAUCUGAUAAAGGGCGAUCACGAGAUGAAGAGCGACUUCAUUGAGAUGUGCAUUGAGGAGUCAAUGAGAUUUCGCAGACACCAAAUGGUGCACAGCAUACAGGACUGGUGGGAUCGGAAGCAGCAACAGCUGGAGAGCACAAAGAGUUAACGUUUACUGUUGUGGAACUGAGCGUGUGCCACGUUCGAAGCAGCACCAGCAGCGGCAACAACAACAGCAGCAAUGGCAGCAACAACAACACGCAACAUGUCUGUGAUGUCAUCAAAAACAACAACAACAACAGUAAAAAAAAACCAAUACAAUAUUUAAUUAAACGUUCUCGUAAAUUUCCAAUAUUUGCGUCGUCGUCUAAAAGGGACCCCAAAAUAGAUCAUAAAUUAGCAACUAAACUGAAAAACAAUAAGGAGUAGAAGCGAAGAAGAAGAAGACGAAGCGGUGGAAUAUGAACAAUAACAACCACAACAACAAAAACAAAAACAACGUAGACGAAUGCCUAAUGUAAAUAAACGCCAAUGGGGCGUGAAAUUGUGGGGCAAAUUAGUUGUAAAAAAAAAGAAAGAAAGUAACAAACAAACAAACAAACAACAAAAAACAUUACAUGUGUAAGCGAAAUGUAAAAUAUUCUUAAAUUAGGUAUUCAACAUUUAUUAUCAUUAGAAUUAUUAUUAUAAUUUGUUAACAGCAUUAACGUGUUAACAAUUCGCUUUGUAUCCUCAGUUCUGAAGAACAAAAUUUCUGCUGUUUAAAUAUUAUUAUUAAUAUUAUGAUUAUUAUUUCGCGUUUGAGUUUACUCUAAAGGCCCGUUUUUUUUUUUAAAUUUGUAUUUUAUGCUCAUUUUUUUUUUUUUUUGAACAUUUUAUUAUGUAGAGCCACACACACGCCCCCACACAUACAUACAUACAUAGAUUUAUAAUAUAUCGUAUUUAUAUUAUAAUUGUUCAGAAUGCUUCUCUUUUUCCUAAUUUUAAUUUAAGUUCAAUUGUUUAAUCGGUAGAGUGAGGAAGAAUUCUAGCGCUUAAGUGAAUCUGUGUAAUUUUGUUGAAAGAAAGAAAAUAUAAACAACAAUUAAGUUGCAAACAAAAAGCUUAAAUAAAAUAGAAACACACACAAACAAA